AUGACACCAAACGCCACCAUUCCGUUUGCCCUCGUCACCUCAGCCGCCCGAGAUGAUGAAGCCAAGGUGGUGGACAUCGAUGCCAUCAUGAACAAAUUAAACAUUGUCCUUCUCACGCUGACCAUUGUCCUGGGCACCACGGGCAACUCUGUAGUCAUCUGGGUGGCAGGCUUCAAGCUCAAGCCCACCGUCACCAAUGUGUGGCUGGUCAACCUGGCCGUGGCCGACCUCAUCUUCUGCCUGAGCCGUGUACUCUCGCUGACCAAGAAGCUCUUCUUCGACUACUGGCCGUUCGGCAUCUUCUUAUGCAAGUUCAACGGCUUCUUCAGGUAUACCAACAUGUUCUGCAGUGUGUUCCUGCUCGCUGUCAUCAGCAUGGACCGGACGCUCUGCGUCUGGCACCCUGUCUUUACCAAACGGCGUAGGACGAUCUGCGCCGCCCGCCUGGUGAGCGCCUGCGUGUGGGCUGUGGCGGCCAUUUUGAGCGCCCCCCACUUCGCCUACCGCCAGGUUUACCUCGGCAAGAACAACCUGAGCAGGUGCUCGCUAGAUGUCAAGGAGUCAACGAAAGGUGAUAACAGCGCUAACCUAGCUCUCUACCUAAUGCGCUUCCUAUGCGGUUUCCUGCUUCCUUUCCUCAUCAUCCUCUGCUGCUACAUCCUAGCAGGGUUAGGCAUCCGACGCACCCGCCUGUUGGGCAAGUCACGCCCACUCCGUAUCCUGGUAUCGCUGGUCUGUGCUUUUGUCCUGUGCUGGGCGCCCUACCACUGCCUCCUACUGGCAAAGAUGGUGAACAGCAACAGUAAGUUGGUGACGGGGGGGCUGACAGUGGCCACAGCCUUUACCUACUUCAACAGUUGUGUGAACCCGCUGCUGUACUUCUGUAUGGGGUUGGACAUGAGAGGGUCGAGGUUCAGGCAGAGCUUAGCGGGGGUGUACCGCAGAGCACUAGCCGAUGACAGAGAUGGUCGCUUCACGCAGUCUAACGAGCGCACAGUGGAUGAUAGCUCUGGCUCUGCAUCACGACUUGCAAUGGUGAAUGUGGCCAACGUCAGUCUCAAUUGAAUGUGGCCAAAGUCUCAGGGAAGUCACAUUUGGUAUGAGGAGAAGUUUCUGUCCUUAAUAGUUCACAGGCUAGUUAUUCUUGAAUAGCUGAAAAGCUUGUGUAGACAAACAUUUUUCAUAUUUUUUAUCAGUUGGGAUACAUAUAGACAUAGGGUAACUGUGAAUUUAUGUAAAUGCCUCAGGAAAUAAUUAUCACACUUUCGAAGUGUUAUGUGAUGAAAAUCACAGAAAGAAAGUGGAACUGUGUCUAGAAAAUAACAUAUCAGGAGGAAGUGGUACUUCUGGGGAAAGUCAUAGAUGAUAAGUUUUAUAUGUGUUUGGAAAACAUGGAAAAGUGGAAAUACAAGGAUAUCUAUUUUUCAUCUCAUGAGACAAGAUUGUAAUUGGAAAUGACAAAUUGGGGCGA